AUGGCCGACGACUGGAAGAACAAGUCGAGCAUCUACGAGUUCACCGCAAAGGACAUUGACGGCAAUGAGGUUUCUCUAGAGAAGUACAAGGGUCACCCGACCAUUAUUGUCAAUGUGGCUAGCAAUUGUGGCCUGACCAAGAACAACUACGCCCAGCUGAAUGAGAUUUACGAGAAGUACGAAGGCGAGGGCCUGCGAAUUGCCGCCUUCCCCUGCAACCAGUUCGGUGGACAGGAGCCGGGCUGCGAGGUGGACAUUAAGGAGUUCAUAAAGAAGAAGAAGAUCAACUUUGACAUGUACUCCAAGGUCGAUGUGAACGGCGACAAUGCCAUUCCGCUGUACAAGUGGCUGAAGGCGCAGCAGGGCGGUUUCCUGGGCUUUGACGGCAUCAAGUGGAACUUCAGCAAGUUCCUCGUUGACGCAGAGGGCAAGCCGAUCAAGCGUUACGCGCCCACCACCGAGCCAAAGUCGAUUGAGGGGGACAUCAAGAAGGCGAUUGACGCGGUCAAAUCCAAAUAA